AUGGCGCGGCGAUCAAGGGGCGCGAACCAGCGCUCCACCUGGUCCAUUGCCUUCUACCUUCUCCUCGUCCUUGUCGGCGGUCUGAUGCUGGCGAGGACAGCGCGAGCCGCCGACCAGGAGCCGCUCAGCGAGGAUUCGAAACCGAACGCUGUCUCCGGCCCUGUCAUCGGCAUAGACUUGGGAACUACAUACUCAUGUGUCGGUAUCAUGAAGAACGGGAAGGUUGAGAUCAUGGUCAACGACCAGGGAAAUCGAAUCACGCCCUCUUGGGUCGCUUUCACAGAUGAAGAGCGCCUUGUUGGUGACGCCGCGAAGAACCAGUUUGCGUCGAACCCCCACCGGACCGUUUUCGACAUCAAGCGAUUGAUCGGCCGCAAAUUCAACGAGAAGGAAGUCCAGAACGACAUCAAGCACUUCCCCUUCUCCGUCAUCAACAAGAAUGGCCAACCGCGCAUCAAAGUCGAUGUUCACCAGGAGGAGAAGACCUUCACACCGGAGGAGAUUUCCGCAAUGGUUCUGGGCAAGAUGAAAGAGGUCGCUGAGAGCUAUCUCGGUGAGCCUGUCACGAACGCCGUCGUUACCGUCCCCGCCUAUUUCAACGACGCUCAGCGCGCCGCCACCAAGGACGCCGGCACGAUUGCCGGUCUUAACGUCCUCCGUGUCGUCAACGAGCCAACCGCCGCCGCUUUGGCCUACGGCCUCGAUAAGACAGAUCAGAAAGAGCGCCAGGUUCUUGUCUACGAUCUCGGUGGCGGUACUUUCGAUGUCUCCAUUCUCACCAUUGAGGAGGGCGUCUUCGAGGUCCAGUCUACCGCUGGUGACACUCAUCUUGGUGGUGAAGACUUCGAUAACCGCGUUAUCAACUACUUCGCGAAGAAGUACAACAAGGAGAAGAACGUGGACAUCACCAAGGAUCCUAAGACGAUGGGCAAGUUGAAGCGCGAGGUCGAGAAGGCCAAGCGCACGCUCUCAUCCCAAAAGACCACCAAGAUCGAGAUUGAAUCCUUCCACAAAGGCGAGGACUUCUCCGAGACUCUGACCCGCGCCAAGUUCGAGGAACUCAACAACGACCUCUUCAAGAAGACCCUGAAGCCUGUUGAACAGGUCUUGAAGGAUGCGAAGCUCAAAAAGAGCGAGAUCGACGAUAUCGUUCUUGUUGGCGGUUCUACUCGUAUCCCCAAGGUUCAGCACAUGCUCGAAGAGUUCUUUGGAAAGAAGGCUCGCAAGGAUGUCAACCCUGAUGAGGCUGUUGCUUAUGGCGCUGCUGUCCAGGGUGGUGUUCUCGCCGGUGACCAGGCUACCAGCCAGGUCAUUCUCAUGGAUGUCAACCCCCUGACUCUCGGUAUCGAGACUACCGGUGGCGUCAUGACCCAUCUCAUCAAGCGUGGUACUACUAUCCCCACCAAGAAGAGCCAGAUCUUCUCCACGGCCGCCGACAACCAGCCUGUGGUUCUGAUCCAGGUCUACGAGGGUGAACGUUCCAUGACAAAGGACAACAAUCUGCUUGGCAAGUUCGAGCUCACCAACAUUCCUCCGGCACCGCGUGGUGUUCCCCAGAUUGAGGUCACCUUCGAGCUCGAUGCCAACGGUAUCCUCAAGGUCUCCGCUAUCGACAAGGGCACGGGCAAGGGCGAGUCCAUCACGAUCACCAACGACAAGGGCCGCCUGAGCGCUGAGGAGAUCGAGCGCAUGGUCGAGGAAGCCGAGAAGUAUGCUGAGGAGGACAAGGCGACCCGCGAGCGCAUCGAGGCCCGCAACAAGCUCGAGAACUACGCGUACAACCUGAAGAACCAGGUCAAUGACGAGGAGGGCCUCGGCGGCAAGAUCGACGAAGAGGACAAGGAGACGCUCCUCGAAGCGGUCAAGGAGACGCAGGACUGGCUCGAGGAGAACGCGGCGUCGGCCGCCUCUGAGGACUUUGACGAGCAGUUCGAGAAGCUGUCUAACGUCGCCUACCCGGUUACCUCGAAGCUCUACAGCGGAGGUGCGGGCGGCGGUGGUGGCGAGGACGAGGAGCCCGGCCACGACGAGUUGUAG